CGCAGCCUGUCAGUCACGUCCACACCGAGACGCAGUAAUUUAAUGUUUUAGUGAGUGUUUUAUAGAUUAGAGAUGUUUCAGUGUUCUUCUGAGCAAGAUGAGAUGACAUUAGUUAUCUAUGAGAUUGCAGACAAUGUAGAAGGUCACGACCCCGACACAGAGAAGGAAGACGCUGACGCAGAGAGACGCCUAGAAGCACAUCACACAGGAGGAGACACUGCACAGAGCAGGUGUUACAGACUGACUGCAGUGUGUCUGCUGCUGCUGUGUGUUCUCCUGCUGACUGCCGUCACAGUGCUGUGGAUCAAAUUCAACAACCUGAAUAUAGAAAACAACCAGCUACAGACCAGAUGCACCAACCCGACUAAAGAGAGAGACCAGUUACAGACCAGUUACAACACCUUGACUAUAGAGAGAGACGAGUUACAGACCAGUUACAACACCUUGACUAGAGAGAGAGACCAGUUACAGACCAGAUACAACACCCUGACUAAAGAGAAAGACCAGCUACAGACCAGAUACAACACCCUGACUAAAGAGAAAGACCAGCUACAGACCAGAUACAACACCCUGACUAAAGAGAGAGACCAGUUACAGAGGGAGAGAGAUGGAUACAUGAGGACACUUCGUGAUUCAUGUAAAGGGUGUUUCUACUUCAAGUCCAGUUUUUACUACAUGUCUAAGGAGCAGAAGGGCUGGGAGGAGAGCAGACAGGACUGCAGUUCGAGAGGAGCAGACCUGGUGAUCAUAAACAGCAGAGAGGAACAGGAGUUCAUCGGUCAGCAGCUGGGCAGCACUGUUGCUUGGAUUGGUCUGAGUGACAGAGAUAGAGAGGGAGAGUGGAAAUGGGUGGACGGUACACCACUGACCACUAAGUAUUGGCGUCCGGGGGAACCGAAUAAUUCAGAUGAUGAGGAUUGUGCUGAGAUUUACUAUUCAGAUUCAAAUAAGGCUGUCUGGAACGACAAUAAAUGCUCUGAGAAACGACACUGGAUCUGUGAGAAACGUCUUUCUCAGUGACGAGUAUUAUUUUAUAAUGAAAAGCACUUAUACACAAAUUGAGCCAAACAUAUACAGUAUAAAAGAAAGUAUUUUGAUGAUAAUUGUGUCUCAGUGUAUGUUCUUGUUUUCUCAGAGUGAACUCAGUAAUCAGUCAGUGACACAAAGUGCACAGAGACUGUUCAUUUCUUUUACUGUAACUCAUAGAUGUAUAUUUCUUAUGAUUCUGAUGCAGUAACUCUGUAGGUCUGUGAUGAUGAACGCAGUAUAAUUGAGAUAAUUGUAUCUGAAGAGUCCAUCUCAGUGUCUCUGACUCUGUUAAAUCAGCAUAAGCCUGCGCUCAAGCAAGAUUGGAUUGAGGUUUAUUAUAUUAUUUUUGAUCCUUGA